GUGCAGGUGAGGCACGUCUAGCUGGAGCCAGCCCUAGGCUCCACUUCCCCUUCUUUUCCCCAGUGUUAACUCCCCACCCGCUACCCCCUCCUCUCCAGCUCCUGGGCCCCCUCCCGCUCCUCCCUCAGCACCUCCCUGUGCCCGCCCACGGUCUCCCACCCAGCUUUGGACUGCGUCAUAAGUAUCCUCAGACCUGGACUUGCAGCAGCUUAGGCAGACUGGGGAGAAACUAGGUGCUGCUUAGGCAAGCGCGAUCUUCUCCUCUUCCAACCUGCAGCCCAGGACGCUGAUUCGAGCCGCGCCUUACCGCGCAGCCCGAAGAUUCACCAUGGUGAAAAUCGCCUUCAACACCCCCACAGCGGUGCAAAAGGAGGAGGCACGGCAAGACGUGGAGGCCCUUGUGAGCCGCACUGUCCGAGCUCAGAUCCUGACCGGCAAGGAGCUUCGAGUUACCACCCAGGAAAAAGAGAGCUCGUCUGGAAGAUGUAUGCUUACUCUGUUAGGUCUUUCAUUCAUCUUGGCAGGACUUAUUGUUGGUGGAGCCUGCAUUUACAAGUACUUCAUGCCCAAGAGCACCAUUUACCGUGGGGAGAUGUGCUUCUUUGAUUCCGAAGAUCCUAUAAAUUCCCUUCAAGGAGGAGAGCCUUACUUCCUGCCUGUGACUGAGGAGGCUGACAUUCGUGAGGAUGACAACAUUGCAAUCAUAGAUGUGCCUGUUCCCAGUUUUUCUGAUAGUGACCCUGCAGCAAUUAUUCAUGACUUUGAAAAGGGAAUGACUGCUUAUCUGGACUUGCUUCUGGGAAAUUGCUAUCUGAUGCCCCUCAAUACCUCAAUUGUUAUGCCUCCGAAGAAUCUGGUGGAACUCUUUGGCAAACUGGCGAGUGGCAAAUACUUGCCUCACACUUAUGUGGUUCGUGAAGACCUGGUUGCUGUGGAAGAAAUCCGUGAUGUUAGUAACCUUGGCAUCUUUAUUUACCAGCUUUGCAACAACAGAAAGUCCUUCCGCCUUCGUCGCAGAGACCUCUUGCUGGGUUUCAACAAGCGUGCCAUUGAUAAAUGCUGGAAGAUCAGACACUUUCCCAAUGAAUUUAUUGUUGAGACCAAGAUCUGUCAAGAGUGAGAGACAACAGAGAAAGAGUAUCCUCGGUAAUAAGAAGUCAGAGAUUUACAAUAUGACUUCGAAAUUAAAGUUUAUGGGAUACUCAAGAUAUUUACUCAUGCAUUUACUCUAUUGCUUGUACUAAAAAAAAAGGAAAAAAAAAACUACUAACCACUGCAAGCUAUGUAAAAUUUUACUUUAAUUGGCACAGCUUGUUGUUUGAAACUGAAAUCACAUAAUUAUUAUCCUUUUUCUUUUGAAUUUAUAGGGUUUAGAUUUCUGAAAGAAGCAUGAAUGUCAGCUAACAUCUUGACAAUAAAUUCCAUCAUCUGUCCUUAUUUAAAGCAAGCUCUUCACACAAUGAUAUGUCAGAGUGUGCUUUAAAUUCAAAAUAUUUAAAAUUGUUUUUGAUGUUUUUGUGUAAAGCAUGUCAAAUCUCUUAACAUUUUUUUGUUUUGUUUUCAUUUUGUGAAACUUUCCUGAAUUUAGAAGUUACAUAUUUGCAUUUCUGUUAGGUGCUCUACAAUGACUUAUAUGUGAACAACUUUAUGAGUAAGUCAUUUAUCACUAAUUCAGUGAUUGUUUCUCACUGAUACCUGUAUCGUGAAAUCCACAAAACUGUAUAGGUGCUCAAUGCUGUAAGGAGUUUAGGUUGUAUGAAUUCUAUAACCCUAUAAUAAAUUUU